GGAUACAACCCGUACAGUGAUAACAGCGGCGGCAGGGGGUACAGUUCUAAUCCGUUCGGUGACGAAAAUGCUUCCGGGUAUGGAGCCGGCGCGCACGAGAUGGCUUCAAUUGGCCAACAGGGAUACGGAAGUAAGUAGACGUUGGUCUGCUCCAGCCGAAAAAACAUGGACGGUCUCUGACCAGCAACGGUUGAGCAGCUGAGCCGCAGCAAAUGGCUUCACCUCAGGCAAACGAGCCCGCGGUUCUUCGUGAAUGCAGAGAAGUUCAGAAUGCGAUCCAAAAAGUCGAGAUGAUGCUUGGGGAGCUUCCCGCUUUACAAAAGCGGUGCCUCGCCGAUGCGGAUACCUCAGCCGAUUCCGAAGCCAAGCGAAGACUUGAUUUGUACCGACAGGACAUCAUGGACCAAUACCGAGCAUUGGCAGACCGCGUUCGUACAAUCAAGUCGAAACCAGAAAGCCGUCAACCCAUGUAUGCUCGCCAGGUCGAGCGGGCCGAAGGGCGACUGAGGGACGCGAUUCAGGAGUUUCAGAAACAAGAAGCAGUAUACCGCCAGGAGACAAACAACCGGUUGGGACGUCAACUACGCAUUGUCCGCCCUGAUGCCACUGAAGCCGAAAUCCGCGAAGCCGUCGAUACGGGCAAUACUCAAGUCUUUCAGCAAGCGGUCAUGGGCAGUCGUUCGGAGCAAGCCACCCGCGUGCUCGGUGCCGUCCAACGACGGCAUGAGGAAAUUCUGCAGAUUGAGAGGAGUAUGAUGGAACUCCUAGACCUCCUCAAUGACAUGAAUCAACUCUUGGUGAAGCAGGAAGUGACGGUCAAUGCGAUCGAUGCCCACGCUGAGCAGGCUGCGGAGGACAUGGGCAAGGCGAAUGAGGAACUCGAAGUCGCCGUUACGACAGCGAGGAAGACACGAAAGAAAAAGUGGAUCUGCCUGGGCAUCUGCGUUCUCAUUAUCGUGAUCAUCGUGGUUGCCGUUGUGGCCUAUGUCAUGGUUAACCGCGCCGCAAACGGCGGCGGGGGCGGGGGCGGUGGGAAUAACAACAACAGCAACGCCGGUGCUCAGAAGCGUGGCCUCCUACAACGAAAUGUCCUGGACGAUCUGCAGAUGAACACGGGCCGCGCCGUCAACAUCGCCACCGAGCCGACUCCGGCUGGUCAGCACCCCCGCUCCCCAGAUGCCGAUAUUGCUUCGAGCCUACGUCUCUCAAGGCGACGCAGCAACAGGGCACGAGGCAAGACAGUGGCGCCUGGACAUGUGAAGCGUUUUGUGGUCGACUGGCAAGGCGCUGACCCUACGGGUUCCGAUGAUUGAAGCAAUGUGUGGCAUACCCAGGCCCGUCACGGGUCGUCGCCUUUUGCUCGUUGCGGAUGUUAGGGGUUGAUUUUUGCAAGCGCCGCUGCCAAGGAAUGAAGGCGGAUGCAAAUCGGCGUAUUUGGUUCCGUCUGCGAUCGGCGCUGAGGUUGGCUUCAAGGGACGAGAUGUGGCUGCUGGUACUGGCCCGUCCCCGUUAGCCUAGAUCUGUCUGGAAACCUUCAUGUCGGAAGGGCGUUCCCGCCCCAGUGAUGCGGGUUUUCCU